AUGGCCACUUUGGCCUCCUCACCUCCCACCUCGCCCUCGUGGCCCAAACGACGCCCGCGAGCAUGGGCCCUCCGAUGUGAACGAUAUUGUUGUGCAGCUGCAACCUGCUUCCCACUUGCCUUCGUCUAUGGUAUUACUACAUGGGCAGUAUAUGUCGCUGUCAGCAUUGGCAUCAAGCCUUCGCGAAGUGACUGGAUCGGCAUCCCAAGCAGUAUCAUCGCAUUUACCUUUUACGCCAUCCUCAACUUCUCAUAUACCAUCGCCGUUUUCACCGAUCCGGGGUCACCGCUCUCGACUCACAGCGGCGCCGACCGUCAUGAGUACAGCGCCCUCCCACCCUCCGAGCACCCGGAGUUCACCUCAUAUACCGUUAGCUCGACCGGCGAUUCACGGUAUUGCAAAAAAUGCCAGUGCCCGAAGCCGGAUCGCGCGCACCACUGCUCGACGUGCAAACGAUGCGUCCUCAAGAUGGACCAUCACUGUCCCUGGCUCGCAACUUGUGUUGGACUGCAUAAUUAUAAGGCAUUUUUGUUGUUUUUGAUCUAUACCUCAAUAUUUUGCUGGGUUGUUUUUGGAAUCGCGGCCAUCUGGGUCUGGACCGAGAUCCUGAACGACACUCAGUACAUGGAUACUAUCCUCCCAGUCAACGUGGUUCUGCUAGCUAUCCUGGGUGGUAUCAUCGGACUGGUACUGAGCGGGUUCACAGCCUGGCAUAUCAGCCUCGCUGUGCGAGGUACCACCACCAUCGAAUGUCUGGAAAGAACCCGGUACGUGUCUCCUCUGCGCAAAGCGCUCGACCGACGACGGAACGAGCAAGCGCCCAACGACAACUAUUGGGGCGAGCCGGGCGAUGGUACUAUGUCCAACCGACUGCAAGACUACGGAAAUCAGAUCCUCGAUGCCCACGCCAAUACUAUCCCUGGAGUCACCCGGGCCGAGGAAGGCGAAGAGCACAUCUAUGCCAUGCCUCGUCCAUCAGGGCCCCCCGACGGCUUCGGCAACGGCCUAACACCAGCGCAACAAGCGCUGACCCGGUCAUACGCCGAAAUGGAGCGACAGCGCGAGUACGAACGGUACCAGGAGUACCAAAACGACGAAGAUAACGAGAAGAUGCCCAGCGCAUUUGAUCUCGGCUGGCGGCGCAACUUGCUUCACCUCUUCGGUGAGCGGCCCCUUCUCUGGGCUGUGCCCAUUUGCAACACUACCGGCGAUGGCUGGCACUGGGAGCCGAGUCGGGAAUUCCUCGAAGCGCGCGAUCGCAUGCGACAGCGCCGAGAACAGGAAUCCAGCGAACAACAACAAUACUACCGCGAGCUGUACCAGCGUAAUCUGGACAAUAGCAAUAGUUGGAGGGAAAGUGCGCAACCGCUGCGCAUGCCUAACCGUGGUAGCACGCCUGACAGGCCCCCGACGUCUGUGUCAAUGCAGACGCUUGCACCCCGGUCUCCGCGGCCAAGGCCUGGGGACAGUGAUUAUGGAGAUGAUAUUGAAGGAAAUGGGUUGUUGGACCCGGGCGCCGGACGCCAGCAAGCCUCGCCACGGGAUACUGAUGAAUGGCGAGACUGGGAGUAG